GACCACCACCCGACCGUCAAAAUGGUCUUGAUUUCGUCGAAAACCCUCAUCCAGGCACAUGCCGUGCUUUUGGUUGUUAUUGCUGGGUACCUCGUCAAAAGCCCAGAGGUGAUCACCGAUUCCAAUAUCGUGUUUAUGAUGGGAGAAACCUUGAAAGUCGACUUUCCUCCGGCCACAAGUUCCUUAAACUCCCCUUUCGUGUUUUGUGCCAUUUUCCUCUUCGUCGAAGCUCUGGUCGACAUCUUCCUUCUGGCCAGUCUUCCCUUCCACGAUGCAUUGAAUGAAGCCAUGCCUUAUAUCCGACCUUUCCGCAAUCCCAACCUCGCUUCCGAAGAUCUCCGCGCUCUGGAGAAGCUGCCCCAUUAUAUUGCCAAGUCCCUGACCGUGUACUGGAAUGUCUGGAUUAACGUGGCCAUGGCUCGCGUUGCCGUCUAUGCUAGCAUUGCAUUGUUUAUCUAUUCGAACAAGGGUUCAUUCGUGGCAUCUUCCUAUACCGCUGCGUCAACCGCUGCCGGCCUUGAUAGGUUGAAGAACCGUGCUGUGUUUACUUUUGGGUUUAUGGAGAUGAUGGCGUGGUUUUGGAUCUUCGUCACUCUCCGCGAGGAGCGACAAGAGCGAAUGACCAAGCUGCUAGAAGACGCCAAGGAAAGCUAGACAUCCAUAACCA